AUGCUGGCUGGGAACAAGUCUUCCAUGAUUUUCGAGCAGGGGGGCAAGCUAAAUGCCCGAAAAACUUCAAUCUCACGUGGAAAUGCAAAAGAUCAUGGCACUUACAUACGUGUUGGUGGAGCUCGCAAGCGUUACUUCCAACAAUAUGGUGAGAAUGUGCAGUUGAGAAAAUCAGACCAGUCUGGGCAAGCAAUGCCGCAUGGUCGAUUUAGCAGGACAAAGGCGCCAAAAGACGUGGGUUCACUACCUAGAGAAAAUAAUACAUGUAGUUCUCAUUGGCCCAAACCUGAGUUGAGGCCAAAUCGAGAUCGUGGAGUCUCGAACAAGGAUGUUCGAACUAGAUCCAACUAUGACUUCAAAAAUUUUCAGUCGCGUGUAAAGCCGGCUGUGACAAGUCAUACUGUUCACUGA